AUGUCCCUCGUCGGCGCUGGCCUACCACCUUCCCCAUAUUCACAACUGUUGGAUACCAACUAUGCACCGAACGACGACCAGGUUUCUGAUAUUAGAAGUCUUGUCAAAAGCCUCCAAGAACAACUGGCUCGACUCGAUGACGUCCCACCAAUACUUAUACACCCGGACUACCGACGACAACUAAGACAUUAUAUCAACCAGCAUACCGCGCUGGUCUCUCCCAUUCGACGAGUACCCGAGGACAUCCUUCGCGAAAUCUUUAUCGCGACCAUUCCUCGCGUCCCGAGAAUCUCUUGCCAGGAGUCACCACAGAUCCUAGGGUGGGUUUGUCGACGCUGGCGCGGGAUCGCAUUGUCAACGCCCAGAUUGUGGUCAGUCGUUGAAGUGAGCACGUACUUUGACCCGUCGAGUCAACCAGCGGGAGAGAGCCGCGCUCUACGACGCUGUUCCGCCCUCCUCGCGUGGUUGGAGCGUUCAAAAUCCAUCCCCGUGCGACUAUGGCUUCAUGAAGGCCCGACUGCCAUAGCGCGAACGUUCCUGCAACCAUUUACCCACCGCAUCGGGGUGCUCCGGCAAGAAAUUGGACAUUCGAAUCCCAGCAGCCUCCUCCUUGCCCAAGGCCAGUUUCAAAAUCUCCGCUGUCUUCAUGUCGAAAACCGAGCUGGGCCGGAAGACCUUGCGGCGGUGCUGUGUGACGGUAGCCUUUUGGAUCGAACGCCCAACCUCGACGCCGUAUUCAUUCAGGGGAGAGCGUCAUCCCCCUUCAUGUACGCCUUGCAUUGGUCUCGGAUGACCUCUUUUCGCUGGUCAACCUGUAACAGCAAUGGCUGGCUCUGGAAUGACCAGACACUCAAAUUGUUGGAAUCCAUGCCAUCCCUCCGACGGUGUCAAAUCGACCAGACCGAAGGCCAAGCGCGAGCUAUCGAUACCGAGUCCCAUAGAGCGAGGCGCCACCGACUCGUCAGCCUUCCUCAGUUGGAAUCCCUAUGCCUGCGUCAGAAGGAAGGCGGGCCCAUGACCGUCGAUGUCUUCCUUGACAUUGAUGCACCGCUUUUGCACCAUCUUUCCUUCGCUUUCAUCGAUCCUAUCUCUCUCCGAGCUCCCUCAAUCAAGGCGCAGACUCUCCGUCGAGUGGAUAUUGCAAUCGACAACUAUACGACCCAGGAGCUGAUAGGUCUCCUCUCUUCCAUGUCUUCCCUGGAGGAAUUGACCCUGAGGUAUCGACCCGACUGGAUGUGGGACGAUUAUUAUGAUUGGUUACAGGCCAACGGCUCCGAGAAGGCAAAUCACGGCUUCAAUGACCGUGUCUUGAAAUCCCUCACAGCACCAACGAAAAACGCCGGCACCGAAUUCGUCUGCCCACGGCUUCGCACCUUGGAGAUCGACGACUUUGACGGCCUGACUGUGGAACGUUCUAAUUUGACGACCGAGGCGUUCAUGGCGUUCAUUGUCGAGAGGAGCAAGAUAUCGAAUGCUCACUCGCGACUGGCGCAUAUCCGCCUUCCUUAUCCACUUUAUGUUUUUCGUUUACAGGGUGCGUUUCAAGCGUGGAAAGAGGCUGGAAAUGGAAACCACCUGGUGCAAUUGGAGUUCAGGCACAUGCAGAAGCCUUAUGAACGGCCCUAUUCUCCUGAAAUUCCGCCUAUCUGA